AACAUCUUCGAUAUAUAAAGAGGUAACACGAACAGCGGUAAUUUCAGUUGGGGACAAUGCACCGGCACGCGGUGUCAUCGACUUGCCGUACGCGGUGUCCGCAGAUUUUCCCCUGGAUUUUUUUUGGUACGGUCGUGUUUCUUGGAGCUUUUGACCUCGUCGUCAGCGUCCCCGUUCUGCCGGAUGCGACAGAUGCGGUCGUAGUAAGAGCCGUUGAAAUACCGGAAGAUCGUGUCACCUACGAAGGUGCACAAGUCUGGAGAGUAGUAGCUACUAAUGAUCAGUACGAGUUUGUGUCUUACCUUCAAGACACUGGAGAUGUGUCAACAUGGGUAGGGAAUGGUACAGCGGUGGAUGUUUUGGUACGUCCAGAUGUCAUUCCUAGGGUGACAAGAUUCCUCAGGGAAAGGCAGGUCAAUUACGAUGUGAUAAUUCCGGAUCUACAGCAAGCCAUAGAUCAGGAAAAUCCAAUACCCUCGUUAGAAUCAAUGGAAGAACUUGAGGGCCGCAAAGCACGACGCAUUUGGUGGCAGGGUACAGGUGCCAGGGUGCUAGGGAGCAGGGUACGGAUGCGGUUACGGGCUUCCAGAUAUCCAUAUCCUGUUCCCCGUUAUUCUAUAGCUAGUAGUGAUAGCAGCUUAUGGCCUUACAGGGGUCACCGGAUGGAGUGGUCUAGCUAUCAUCGACUGGACGAUAUCUAUGGCUACUUAGAUUAUCUGGCACAGACUUUCCCCGAUCUUUGCUCUGUUAUGUCCAUAGGAAAUUCAGUUGAAGGUCGCCCAUUAAAGGUAUUAAGAAUCAGUAAUGGUAAGCCUAGAGCACCAGCGCUAUGGAUUGAUGGAGGAAUUCAUGCCCGAGAAUGGAUAUCACCUGCAGCUGUAACUUACAUUAUUAAUUAUUUGGUAGAAAACAGCGAGGAGCUUGAAGAAGACUAUUAUAUUUUGCCCGUUGUAAACCCUGAUGGGUACGAAUACACGUUCCGAGGUGAUCGGUUAUGGAGAAAAAACAGAGGAAAUCCUGAGAAAGGUGGUGUUUGCAUCGGAGCUGACUUGAACAGGAACUUUGGUUAUCGAUGGGGUGGUCAGGGUAGCAGUAAACAGCCAUGUAGAGAAAUAUUUGCCGGCACUGGACCUUUUUCCGAACCUGAGACCAAGGCCAUCGAGCAAUUUUUCAAAACAAGUGCCGCAAACUUCAAGGCCUAUUUGACCUUCCAUAGCUAUGGCCAGUUUAUUCUCUACCCUUGGGGUUACGACAAACGUGUACCACCAGAUUACGCUGACCUAGAAAGGGUUGGAAGACAGGCAGCAGCAGCAAUGAAAUCAGCUGGUGGGGUUGGAAGCGUGUACACUGUUGGAAACAGUGCUACAGUUUUAUACCCAGCAUCUGGGGGAGCCGACGAUUGGGCAAAAGCUGUUGCUAAAAUAAAAUAUAGUUAUACAAUUGAGCUGAGAGAUCAAGGGAGGCAUGGAUUUAUUCUACCUGCCGCACACAUAAUUCCAACAGCCAAGGAAGCUCUUGCUUCCGUACAGACAAUUGCCAAAGCUGUGAAGCAGGUCGAUAGGGCACAGUGAUUAUUCAUCGUUUCAGAACAUAUUUUUUAUCCUAAAUCCUAUAAGUUAUUUCACAGAUUAUCCUUUGAUUAUUUAUUUGGCGUCGCAUCUCCAUUUUCACUUUUGUAACCCAGUAAUAAUUUGUGAUAUAAUAAAUAAGAUAAAAAUGA